UCACAAUUUAUAAAAGAAAAGAAAAAAAAAGAAAGCUAUUUUUUGCUCUGCUUUUGCUUUGCCUUUCGCUUUGGUUCUGUGGUUUCCAGGCGACAAGUGUUUUUUUUUCUUCUCCUUGAUCCCAUAAAGUUUCUUUCUUUUUUUCUUUUCUUUUUUCUCGUCGGAUUCUAGAAAACAGAACGAUGAGCUUCGAAUGAGCUGAGGAGCAGUUUUUAAUGUUCCAUGCAGUUAGUUCUUUACGGUUUCGGCUACUUUUAAACUGAUUCAACUCUGGAAUCUGAUUUAUUCCUUUGGAGAAGUAAAUGCUUUCAUGUAAUUGAAAAUACCCAACAUUUCAAAAGCUUUUUACCAAGCUAAUCAAAGCGAAAGAACAAGGUUUUUGGCCUUUGGUUUUGCUUUCUAAGUUAGGGUUUUAGUUCUUUUUUGGGAUUUGUGAUUUAUUAAUGGAAGCUGCGGCGUUUCCUUAAGCGCGUCUGUAGUGAUUUUCCUACCAAGGGAUGCCGCUAAAAUGAUUCUUCUUUGAACCGUUGUGGUUUGAUAGCUAAAAGACUAGAGGUAACUAUAUGGUGAAGAAAGUUGAUUUCUUUUCUGUGUUUUGUUGGAGCAUAAGAAGUGAUUGUGUUCCUUAGAGAUUUUUCUUUUUGUAAAAAAAAUAAAAAUUAUCCGAGAUUGUAAACAUGAAGGCUCCACCAAAUGGAUUUAUGGCAAAUUCUGCAGAAGGAGAAAGGAAGAGUAUCAAUUCAGAAUUAUGGCAUGCUUGUGCUGGACCACUUGUUUCUUUGCCUCCAGUUGGAAGUUUGGUUAUUUACUUUCCUCAAGGUCACAGCGAGCAGGUUGCGGCGUCGAUGCAAAAGGAGACUGAUUUCAUACCAAGCUACCCUAACCUUCCUUCCAAGUUGAUAUGCAUGCUCCAUAAUGUCACAUUGCAUGCCGAUCCGGAAACAGAUGAGGUGUAUGCCCAGAUGACACUUCAACCUGUGAACAAAUAUGACAAGGAAGCGUUACUGGCAUCUGAUAUUGGCCUCAAGCAAAGCCGGCAACCUGCUGAGUUCUUUUGCAAGACUCUUACAGCAAGUGACACUAGCACUCAUGGUGGAUUUUCUGUGCCUCGACGAGCAGCUGAGAAAAUCUUCCCUCCCCUGGAUUUCUCGAUGCAACCACCUGCUCAGGAGCUAGUAGCUAAAGAUUUACAUGACAAUACAUGGACAUUUAGACAUAUUUAUCGAGGUCAACCAAAGAGGCAUCUUCUGACUACUGGUUGGAGUGUCUUUGUUAGCACAAAAAGACUCUUUGCCGGUGAUUCUGUUCUUUUCAUAAGGGAUGAGAAGUCUCAACUUCUGUUGGGUACAAGGCGUGCAAAUAGACAGCAGCCAGCUCUUUCUUCAUCAGUGAUUUCUAGUGAUAGCAUGCAUAUAGGGAUCCUGGCUGCUGCAGCGCAUGCUGCAGCAAAUAACAGCCCAUUUACUAUAUUCUAUAAUCCAAGGGCAAGCCCUUCUGAGUUUGUGAUACCCUUGGCAAAGUUUAACAAAGCCAUGUAUACCCAAGUUUCCCUUGGCAUGCGGUUUAGAAUGAUGUUUGAAACCGAGGAGUCUGGAGUACGCAGGUACAUGGGUACAAUUACUGGUAUCAGUGACUUGGAUCCUGUGCGAUGGAAAAAUUCACAGUGGCGCAAUCUUCAGGUUGGAUGGGAUGAAUCUACAGCUGGUGAGCGGCCCAGCCGAGUUUCAAUUUGGGACAUUGAGCCUGUUAUAACUCCUUUUUACAUCUGUCCACCUCCGUUUUUCAGGCCCAGGUUUCCAAAGCAACCGGGGAUGCCAGAUGAUGAGUCUGACAUUGAGAAUGCCUUCAAGAGAGCUAUGCCCUGGCUAGGAGAUGACUUUGGUAUGAAAGAUGCUCCUAGUUCAAUCUUUCCUGGUUUGAGUCUAGUCCAGUGGAUGAGCAUGCAACAAAAUAAUCAGUUUCCAGCUGCUCAAUCAGGAUUCUUUCCAUCAAUGGUUUCUUCGAAUCUGCUCCAUAAUAGCCUUGGCACCGAUGAUCCUGCCAAAUUAUUGAACUUUCAAGCUCCUGCGCUUCCAGCAUCAAAUAUGCAAUUUAACAAAGCAAAUACGAACCAAAUCAAUCAGUUGACUCAGGCACCUAUGACAUGGCCCCAACAGCAGCAACUUCAACAGUUAUUGCAGGCUCCUUUAAAUCAGCAGCAGCAAUCCCUACAGCAAUUGCAGCGACAACUGCCACAACCACCACAGCAGCAGCCUCAGCCGCAUCUUUUUCACCAGCAGCAGCCUCAGCCUCAGCCUCAGCCUCAGCCUCAGUCUCAGUCUCAGUCUCAGUCUCAGUCUCAGUCACAGUCGCAGUCGCAGUCACAGUCACAGCCACAGCCACAGCCACAGCCACAGCCACAGCCACAGCCACAGCCACCUCCACUGCAGCAGCAGCAGCAGCAGCUGCAGCAACAACAUCAAAAAAGACAACAGACGCAAUCACAGCAGCAGCUGCAACAAGCAUUCCUCCCUUCUCAAGUAAAUAAUGGCAUCAUUGCCUCUAACCAGAUCUCAAAUCAAAAUUUGCACCAGCCAGCUGUUUACUCACAGCUUCAGCAGCAACAAUUGAUGACAAGCAGUAGCCAAUCUGCCCAGACUACCGCCUCUGCCAAUAAAACUUCAUAUCCUUUGACAUCAUUACCGCAAGAUACACAGAUUCAGCAACAGAUGGAACAGCAACCUAACCUCAUGCAGAGGCAGCUGCAACAGACACAGUUGCAGCAGUCACAACUACAAUUAUUGCAACAAAGCCUGUCCCAGAGGACACAGCAGCAGCCACAGCUUCUGCAAUUGUCACAGCAGGGCUUCUCGGAGCAACAGCUUCAGUUGCAACUGUUACAGAAAUUGCAGCAACAGCAGCAGCAGCAGCAGCAAUCAUCUCAACAAUUACUCUCCCCAGCUGGAUCACUGUUGCAGCCUCAAAUGUUGCAGCAGCAGCCGACCCAUCAACAGAGCCAACCAUUGCAGCAAUUGCCUCUUUCACAAAGCCAAUCACAACCUCUUGGCAGCAAUGGCUUCUCAACAUCAAUGCCUGUUCAACCUCAACAGGUUUCAGUGAACCAACCCCAAAUUCACAAGCCAUUUACUGCUAUGAGAACUCAUUCUGGUCUUACUGACGGAGAUGCUCCAUCAUGUUCAACCUCACCUUCUACCAAUAACUGUCAGGUUUCCUCGUUGAACUUUUUAAACAAAAAUCAGCAAGUUCCAUCCUUAUUGGUGUCAGAUCCUCUUGUUGAGCCUGCAAGUACCCUGGUUCAAGAGCUUCAGAGCAAGCCUGAUAUUAGAAUCAAACAUGAACUACCCACCUCUAAAGGACCAGAACUAUCAAAGUACAAAAGUACUGUGACAGAUCAAUUAGAAGCAUCCUCUUCUGGAACAUCAUACUGCCUGGAUGCGGGCACCAACCAGCAUAAUUUCUCCCUCCCCACCUUUUUGGAAGGUGAUCUUCAAUCACACUCCCGGAACAAUCUUCCUUUUACAGCAAAUAUUGAUGGAUUGGCACCUGACACUUUGUUAUCAAGGGGAUAUGACUCUCAAAAGGAUCUUCAAAACAUGUUGUCGAACUAUGGUGGCAACCCAAGAGAUAUUGAUGCGGAGUUGUCUACUCCUGCGAUAAGCUCUCAGUCGUUUGGUGUGCCAAACAUACCUUUCAAGACUGGGUGCUCAAAUGAUGUUGCUAUCGGUGACACAGGAGUCCUAAAUGGUGGACUGUGGGCCAACCAAACUCAACGCAUGCGAACAUAUUCAAAGGUGCAAAAGCGUGGGUCUGUAGGAAGGUCAAUUGAUGUGACCCGCUACAAAGGGUAUGAUGAGCUCAGGCAUGAUCUAGCGCGCAUGUUUGGUAUAGAGGGGCAACUGGAAGAUCCGCAAAGUUCUGACUGGAAAUUAGUUUACGUGGAUCAUGAAAAUGACAUAUUACUUGUUGGUGAUGAUCCUUGGGAAGAAUUUGUAAGUUGUGUUCAGAGCAUAAAGAUACUGUCAUCUGGGGAAGUACAGCAGAUGAGCUUGGAAGGUGAUCUUGGAAAUGUGGCAGUUCCGAAUCAAGCUUGCAGUGGGACUGACAGUGGAAAUGCAUGGAGAGGACAAUAUGAUGAUACCUCAGCAGCGUCAUUUAACAGAUAAACAAGGUUAAGAUAGAAGAAUAACAAAUUGAUAUUUUGAAACCAGAAUGUCAGCUGUAGGGACUUUGAAUUGGGCUCCUCAAUGAAGAUGCCUCUUAGAAAGUGAGCAGUUAAUAGGUAUUGAAUUUAAAAUCACUGGGAAGAGGAUGGAUCAUGUUUUAAUUAACGUCAACUUUCUGACAUGGCCUUUGGUCCUAGCAGUGAUAUGGUGAGGUGCCAGGAUGGACCUUUGAUGUAUAAUAUGUUCUUAUAUAUCCAUUAUAUUUAGAGAGCUAACCUGACAUUCUAUCUCCUGUAAAUGGGUAUGAUGUAAGAGCGCAUUGUACCUCUUGUACAAUUAGCAGGAAUUUUUGUUGCAGCCGAUGCUUAACGAAACGCUAUGACUAAUGAAUGAUAUUGGAGGAGAGCAGUUUCAUGAUUC